CGGAGUCUCUGUGGAAACUUCUGCGGGGUGAAGAGCUGGGGAAAGCUGCCCGGCAGUGCGGGCUUUCUCCUCCUUUUUGCUCCUUCUCGGUCCCCUCUCCUCCGCUUGCACCCUUCUCCGGGAUUCGCGCCCAGGCUGCGAAUUUCGAAGAGGUGGUUGCAAAAUAGGGAGAAAAGAGGGGUUAGGGGUUUUUUUCCUCUUUCUUUUCCUUUCUUUUUUCUUUCUUUUUUUUUUCUUGAUUUCAAUAUUUUCCCCUGCCCUUGCGGCUGCAAUCGCCACCUUCUCCGCUGAAGGAGCAGAGUGCGCUUUAGAUUUUAAACCACAUUUUUUGAAGACGAACCUCUUUUUCUCCACCCCACCCCGUCUCCCCCGCAGCCUCCGAGCUCCUUACUUCGGUGGUUGCUCUGGGGCGAACAGUUUUUGGCUUUCCCCCCUGCAGUCGGCUCCGGAGCCGCUGGUCCGGUGCGCGCACCUGGCGCCGCUCUCUCGCCCCCAACCUGUUGCAGGUCUUGAGUCCCUGUGAUUGGGACUUGCGCGCGGGCACCCCGGCCUUCUCCCUCUCUCCACACUCUGCCAUUGUCUGGGGGAGGGCACCUGCUCUACCUGCCCGGAUUUUUUAGGUUUCCUCCUCCCAGCCCCGCUCUCCCCGCGCCCUCGCUCUCCGCCCCGCCCGAGGCGAAGGGAGGCUUGAAGAUGAUGUUCCCCGCGGUGCUCCUGCUGCUGGCCCUCGCUGGGCCGGCCCGGGGCCUGGGCUCCCUGGUGCACUGCGAGCCGUGCGACGAGAAGGCCCUGUCCAUGUGCCCGCCCAGCCCGCUGGGCUGCGAGCUGGUCAAGGAGCCGGGCUGCGGCUGCUGCAUGACGUGCGCGCUGGCCGAGGCGCAGGCGUGCGGCGUGUACACGGAGCGCUGCGCGCAGGGCCUGCGCUGCCUGCCGCGCCAGGACGAGGAGAAGCCGCUGCACGCGCUGCUGCACGGCCGCGGCGUCUGCAUGAACGAGAAGACCUACCGCGAGCAAGUCCGGGCCGAUCGGGAAUCCCAGGAGCACGAGGACCCAACCACCGCUGAGGGGGCUGAGGAGACCUACCCCCCCAAGCACUUCCGUCCCAAUUCCAAACACUCCCGCAUCUCCGAGCUGAAGGCCGAGGCCGUGAAGAAGGACCGCAGAAAGAAGCUGAGCCAGGCCAAGUUUGUGGGGGGAGCCGAGAACACCGCUCAGACCCGGGCCAACGCUGCCCCUGAGAUGAGACAGGAAUCCGAACAGGGCCCCUGCCGCAGGCACAUGGAGGCUUCCCUGCAGGAGCUCAAAGCCAGCCCUCGGAUGGUGCCCCGUGCUGUGUACCUGCCCAACUGCGACCGCAAGGGAUUCUACAAGAGAAAGCAGUGCAAGCCUUCCCGUGGCCGCAAACGUGGCAUCUGCUGGUGCGUGGACAAGUACGGGAUGAAGCUGCCGAGCAUGGAGUAUGUCGAGGGGGACUUCCAGUGCCACACCUUCGACAGCAGCAACGUUGAGUGAUGCGUCCCCUCCUCCUCCUCCUCCUCCCCCACCCUGUCCCACCCCCAGCCCCAACUCCAGCCAAUGCCUCCCUCCACCCCAGGACGCCACUCAUUUCAUCUCAUGUAAGGGGAAAACAUGCAUAUAUCUAUCUAAUCGAGGAACCUGAGGGCCUCAGAAUCUCUAGCAAGGUCUCAACUUUGGAAAUGGCAACAAUGGAGAUGAAAAAAGUUAAGGAGAUUUCCCUCUCCCCCCGUUCCCCCUUUUUAAAUGGUUUUCUUUUUGAGGCAAGUUGAGUGAAUAGGGAAGAGAGGAAGAACAAGAGGCAGAGAAGGGAAGAAGGCACUUGUGUACAAGAGAGAGGAAGACGAACAGAGUGAGGAAAGGAAGGGAGAAAGUGGGCAGGAAGGAAAGAUCCCAGGCCUCACGGCGGGCCCCACCUCUCAUAUGCAGCCCUGGCCUGAGCUGGGGAGACGUUUGGGUGCUAGAGUUUUGGCCCAAGAUGUAGUAUUUGGUGACAUACUUGGAGCUUUCCCAGGCUGGAUGGGUCACAGAGGGAGCAAGGCAAAGACAAAGCUCCUCCUGCAGCCAGCAAAGUGGGCAGCUCGAACUCUCCUUCCUCUGCUUGCCCCACUAGGUGUUCUCUCCCCCGCAAAUUUAUAAAAGCUAAAGUGCAUUCCACUCCCCUCAAAGCAAAACAAAUUAAAAGCUGAGUGAUAUUAGAUAGAUAAAUUUUCCUAAGCAGAUACAUAAGUAUUACAUAUGUGUGCACAUUUCCCUGUGCAAACUUGGAAAUUAAUACACACGCAACAGUGGGAAGACAUGUUCCUCCCGGUUGACCAGAACUCCGAGCUGAAGCAUGAGGUUUCAGCCCUUCCAUGCAUUUGAUUCACAACUAGCACAGCCUCUGUGGGGGAGGAUAGGCUGAAAAAAAAAAAAGUGAGCUUGUAUUUAUCUACAAGGCUCCAUGUAGUCAUAUAUAGGCAUAUAAAUCUACUUUCUUUCUUGUUUUUUUUUUUCCCUUCCUUCCUUUCUUUCAAAAAUUUGUAUUAUUAACUUUUCAAGUAGUUUCUAUGGGGGCAUUGAGGAGUUUCCUCAUUCUGGGCAAACCACAACUCAUAUGCUUCUAACAUGACCCAUAACACCAGUCUUGCCUGCCUCCCAUGAGCAGCAAGCUCAACUUUUUGUGGGACACAGUGUUGGAUUUUUUUUUUCUUGAUUUCCCACGUGCACACGUCUUCACACGUACCACCCGGCCAGGUGGAUGAGAGCCCUCUGUGUGGGCUCCUCAGACCCUCCAGAAGUAAUCGUCUCCAACCGCACGCUGAGCGAGCCCAACGGGCCCAAGUUUGACCUACUGGUCCCACCGGGCCUUUCCAUUUCAUCUGGGCAGAGCCUUCAUUUUGAAAGCCUCUCUCCCUCUUCACGAUGGCGAAGCAGGAGAGAGAUGGCAAUGAGAGAAGGCAAAGAGGGAUGUGGAGGCGAACAAGUUUCAAUACAGGGCAGUUUGUAAAGUGACUGUUCAGGCCAGAUAGAUGGAGUGAAGGGAAAGGGGCUGAUGGCCCCUUUCUAGCUUGGAAGCAAAGCAACCAAAAAGGAGACAAAGCCAGAGAAACUCCGCUGGCUCAUCACCCAAUAAGCCCUCUGGGAUUCAAGAGGAAGAUGGGGUAUAGGUUACAAAUGAAAAAUGAACUAACUCAGCCCUAGAGCCAGGAAGGGUGGGCAACCUUAGGGUUCUAGACUUAGCAUCUAGACCACAGCAAGGGGCAGUAGAGGGUGGCCAUGUCUUGAAGGGACAAGACUUUGUGCUCAGAUGCCCGUCUUCACCCAGCAGUGGGAAACUGAGGCCAGAGAGUUUUCAUUCACGCUGGCCAGUUCAGCUUCCUCCCUGGGGUGAGGAUGGAAGAAAGGCCUAGGACAACCAGGGAAUGGGUGCUUGGGGUGCUGUCACGUGGCAGCCACAUUCCGAACCAAGGACACUCCUGUUCUCGCCGACUUCUUCAACAAGUGGGCGGUCUGGGGGCUGUCCUCUGCGGCUGGAGCUAGCCUGUCAGGAAAGGGGGCUUGGACAAUGGCAAGAACACCCUUUCUCACUGUGAGCACAGCCCUCUCCACGCUUCCCCGAUGGCACCACAUCGUGGAGACACACCAACACUGAGCGUGGGGCAAUGAAGAGGGACAGCAAAGAAGCCAAUCUAGUCCAGCUGGCGGAGAACUUGCAGCUGUGCAUCAUGGGGGAUGUCUCCUGCUCCCUGGGACAGGACAGUUGGCUGGAGGUGGGAGAGAUGGUCGAUCUUCAAAGGACAAAGGGCCUGACGGGAAUAGCAGCUGCAAGGACUUACUUGACCUGCUGUCAGUGUACCCCAUCUCCCUGUGCCACUGUCCCCAAACCCCGACUCACAUUUCUAUGCUGUAGGCCAGUAUCCUGAACCUUCCCUGCAUCCCUCUUCUUCCUACCCAUCCUUCCUUUGGAUUUGAGCAGUCAUCUAACUGGGUUCUGCCAAGUGGACAGUGGGCUGCCAUUCCCCCUAAGAAAAGACUGAGCCAGGAACUGCAUGCCCCACUCCCACCCCUCUCUAGGCCUGGACUGGUUCCUGAGAGGGCUCUCCCCCCGCCCCACCCCCCUCCACUGUCUCCUGGACUUUGAAUGGGCUCCUGACAUUAGCUCUUUGCUGUCGCCCAAGGUGGGGACGAUGGCCUGGCUCAACUCCACCAGUCUCUUCAGGUCUCCAAUGCUCAUGACGACGACACACCUGUGUGUCCCCAGGGUUUGCAGGGAGUGAUCCUGGUCAGCUGGCCAAUCCCUAGAGGACCCUGGACCUUCUUGAGGGAUGAAAUCUAGCCUCUCCCAGGGGAGAUCCGACCUGAGCCCAGUAUGGAGAGACCACGGGAGAGAGUCACUGGGGACAAUGGAGCUGUCCCCCGGCAGGUGGGAGGGAAGGCAGAUGUGGAGCGCUGCCAGCUGCAGGCUUCUCCUUGACCCCAGGCUGCCUGGGCCUCUGAGUGCUCUCCUGGCGGCCUGAAGCUCCAGCUUCUCAAUGGCCUCAAGUCUAAGUGUUGACCUUCCCCAUCAGGGAGGUCUCAUCCCAGCUCCCUUUUGACUCAUGCCUCACUCCAGCAGUGUAGACCAUACCUGAUGUCCCCAUGGAGGGAGGCCUAGCCAGGACUGAUCCUCCUUCCCCCAGAGCCCUCCCCACCCUGGCAUCAAAGGGCAUCUGGGGAGGAAGUUUCUCAGACAGCCAGGCCUGGACAGGCCCGGAGACUUCAACCCUUACCCAGGGAGGAAGGGAGGCCCAGAGGCUGUGGGGUCCCACAACCUCUCCCCUCGCCCAUGUCCCCAUCACCACUUCGGUGUUCUCCACUGUACCCCUACAAGGGGCAGCCUCCUCUGGGGUCUGGGAGAGGUGGGCCAUGUACAGCACAAGCUCCCUUCACCAGCAGCCACCCAGCUGCCAUGGCAACCACCAGGCCCCCUCAGGAGGAGGCAAUGGUCUCCCUGCCCAUGGGCUCCUCUCCCAGAGGGCUCCAGCUCAUGAUGGGGCUCUGAGAGGAGGGGGCCAAGGAGAGACAGGACCCUCUGCUCUCAGAGAGGACUUUUGUGGCUUCCCAGAGAAACGAGGCUACAUUUUAAGAAGUGGUGAGACUGAGGGAACAGGGUUUGACCUGCCAGCAACCUGGGCGUUGUACUGUCUUUAUUUUUUGAAACCACUAAAGUGCAAGGCGUGUUUUGCACUUUUCUCCACUUCGUUUUUCUCGUAGGUUCUUGUGUCUUUUUUGAAACAUACUUCCUUGGUUUCCUAGCGGAGUACAUGGCUUAGCCAUCUCCACGGUCUCUGGCCUCCUCUCUCCAGCUCCUUCUGAAUGGGGAAGGGGGUUGGGAGGGCAAAUUCCCCCCACUCCUCUGGUCCCCGGACACCAGCCUGAGUCCCACCUGCCGCCAUCAGCACCGUCACACAGUAGCCCACACGGAUAGACAGUUGUCAGACAAGAUCCUUCAGAUUCCGAGUUGCCUACCAGUUUGUGUUUUUGGUUUUUGGUUUUUUGGUUUUUUCUUUUAGACAGCAGUAACCACAACACAUAUUACUGUAGUUCUCAAUAGUUUUACAUACAUACAUACAUAUACAUACAUCCAUACAUACAUACCAUAGCUCUCUUUUCUUCUAUUUUUUGUCUUCAACUUUUUUUAAAGAAAACAAAUGUUCAUAAUCUUUACUGGUGAAAAGGAUGGAUAAACAAACCAACGGACAAAACCAGUUCAUGGUGAAAAAAACAAAAUGCAGGAAAAAUAAUUUGCCUGAAUGUGGAAGAACUCACCUCCUGUUUAGUAUUUUGUACUUAAGGAAAUAAAAACGAGAAAAAAAAUAAAAAAACACAAUAGAGGAUCUCACGUUUUCUUAAAAAGGUGAAGAUUGCUGUAUGCUAUUUAUUCAUCUUAAAACUUAUGUUACUCCUGAUCUCUGUCGUUUGACGUGACGAAGCACUUAUUUAAUAAAGUGAUGCAUUCAGU